AUGGCAAGAAGCCUCACGUUCAUGAGAAUAGCAGCAUCCAUCUUCCUCCUUUGUUGUCUUCCGACGUUAGUUUCAGUAAUUUCGUUGGACAAGCUCCGACUGCCGCGGAAUGCGGCAGGCCCCGAGGCGAUGACUUUUGAGUUGCGGACCGGAAACUUCUUUACCGGUGUGGCCGACGGUAGGAUUCUGAAAUAUCAGGGUCCGACCAUCGGUUUUGUUGACUUCGGAUACGCGGCUCCUACCAGGUCAAAAUCCAUGUGCGACGGCACGGAUAUCUUGAAGCCAAAUCCGAUCUGUGGAAGGCCAUUAGGGAUGGCGUUGCACCAUCGGACGAAACGGUUGUACGUUUGCGACGCGUUUUACGGAUUCGGAGUAUUGGAACCAAAAGGAGGUUUUGUAACGCCACUUUCCACCGCCGCUGAAGGUCAACCUUUCCGUUUCUGCAACGCGGUCUACGUCCAUCAACCGACCGGAAAUGUCUACUUCACCGACGCCAGUUCGGCUUUCGAUAUAACACAAUUCCAAACAGCAGUAAGCGUUAAUGAUUCAACGGGUAGGCUGUUGAAGUACGACGUCGGAAGCAAGCAAGUGACGGUGCUGUUUAGGAACCUCUCGUUUGCCGCCGGAGUUGCAGUCGAUAAAGAUGAGAAAUUCGCCCUGGUUUCCGAGUUCAUCGGGAACAAGACUCGAAAGAUUUGGCUCCACGGCCAUAAACCCUACGAAUCCGAAAUAGUAAACUCUUUGCCGACGCCGGAUAACAUCAAGAGGACGAGAGCAGACGAUUUCUGGCUAGCGGCGGCGAGGAUAGACCGGCGAACGGAAUCGAGUUUGUUGCCUUUAGGACUAAGGAUCAAUGGAAAUGGGGACGUUUUACAGACAGUUAAUCUUGAGCUAUGGUACGGAAACAAUUCAGUGAGUGAAGUUGAAGAGUUUGGUUUCAAGCUUUAUAUUGCUUCACGGCUGGUGGGUAAAUUAUAA